AUGACCAGAUCAUACGAGUGGAGAGAGGCGAUGGAGAUGAACAUGAGGGCGCUUGGCGUGCAGAUGGAAGAGACAAGGAGGGAGUUGGAGGAGGCUGAGAGGAGACGGGCAGCGGAGGUGAGGAAGAUGAGAGGGCAGGUGGAGGAGAGGGAGAGAGAGCUGGCUGCAGUGAAGGGAGUGUUGGGGAGCAAUGAGAGCGGAGUUGGCAAGGGAGAGGGAGGAGAGGAGGAGGGAGGUGCAGAAGUUGAAUUGGCCACAUGCCAUGGAGGAAUUGGCAGCCUGCAAGGAAUGAAGAUACAAGACAUGAAGAUGAAUGUUGAGCUGGAAAUCGGACAGAGUGAAGGCGAUCGGAAGAAAGCAUUGGAGAAUGCCCAGAUUAUAAGGUCGCAGCCGGAGCCAGAGCCGAGGCGGGUGGGAGGCAGUGGGGAUGGACGGGUGUGGGUGCCCACGCUUUCGGAUUCCCAGGCCAAUCCUGCUGCUGCUCAUGGCUGGGCUGGCUCGCAGGUUGCCCAGAGGGCUUUUAUGGGAAGAAGGGAGGGCGGGUGGGAGAAAUGUCCAUGGGUAUUAGGGAUGGAGUAUGAGCUGGGGGAUAGUGCAGAGGCAGCAUGGAUGGAGUAUGAGCUGGGGCAUAGUGCAGAGGCAGCAUGGAUGGAGUAUGAGCUGGGGCAUAGUGCAGAGGCAGCAUGGAUGGAGGAGUAUGAGCUGGGGCAUAGUGCAGAGGCAGCAUGGAUGGAGUAUGAGCUGGGGCAUAGUGCAGAGGCAGCAUGGAUGGAGUAUGAGCUGGGGCAUAGUGCAGAGGCAGCAUGGAUGGAGUAUGAGCUGGGGCAUAGUGCAGAAGCAGCAUGGAUGGAGUAUGAGCUGGGGCAUAGUGCAGAGGCAGCAUGGAUGGAGUAUGAGCUGGGGCAUAGUGCAGAGGCAGCAUGGAUGGAGUAUGAGCUGGGGCAUAGUGCAGAGGCAGCAUGGAUGGAGUAUGAGCUGGGGCAUAGUGCAGAGGCAGCAUGGAUGGAGUUUGAGCUGGGUGGCGAUGAGCAAGCAGCAGCCGUGGCAGGAAGAGGAACCUUUCACCCCCCCCCCUACCAUCACCUCUCAUCCCCCCUCUGCCAUCACCUCUCAUUCCCCCCUGCCAUCACCUCCCUUCCCCUCUUGGCAUCUCCUCCCUUCCCCCCUGCCAUCACCUCCCUUCCCCCUUCGGCAUCACCUCCCAUCCCUUCUUGCCAGCACCUCUCAUUACCACUCUGUCAUCACUUCUCAUUCCCUCCUUGCAUCACGCUCUGCGAUUUGGGAAUUGCCAAAAGCACUCUCCUUAUACCAGUGAUGAGGAGUCCAACUGAUCCCUGCAGCAUACAGCCGGGCGGCAUGGUAGAUCACGAGUUGGUGGAGGCGGUCGGGGGGGAAGGAGGCGUGGAUGCGGCUGACUUGCACUGCAGUGUCACAUGUCUCGCUCCAAUUGCACACCCUUGGGUUGCUGCAGAAUUGCCACAUCUUUCCACCCCCCCGACUCCCCCAACCCUUUGCCACCACACCCGUUCUCCUCCCAUCCCAUCUAUAGCACCCCUUUUUUUUCCCAACCCCCUUUCCAUCCACUUUCUGUCCGUAAUCUCCCCCCCACCCCCUCUCCCUCCCCACUCCCCCCUCCCCCCCACCCUCCCCCCCCCCCCCCCCAUUCGUCCCUCCCUCCCUCUCCCACAUUUCAGCUCUCUUCUCCUUCCUUUAUCCAACAGCCCGCUUCACGAUCUUGACAACUUCUUUAUUAUUUACAGGUCUUUCCCUUCACCUUCCUACACACCACCCGAUCCACCUGAGUCCUCCACGCCUACUGCUGCAGCAGCAGUGGCAAGAGAAGCCUCGGAAAGGCCCUCCUCUGCUGCCCACCAUCACCCUCGCAUCUGCUCCGCAACCAAGCAGGCACCAGCACCAUUUCCAUUGCACCCCUCAGUAAGCACUCUCCCUCCUUCCCAUAUCACCUACACCACACCCGCCUGA